GAGUUUUGACGUGGCUGCUACGUACCUGCCCGACUGCCCACUCCGAUUGCAGCAAACUUGGUGACGAGAAAUACGUAACUGAGCUCGCGAGGUAGUCGGGCUAUGGAAAGUAUGGUCGAAGAAAAUGGAUCAGCCGUCGAUCCGUUGUCUGUGCAGGGCUCCCAGAGCGACGCAGCGCCAGCAAUCGCAACCUCGGUACAAUCUAUCGAUAGAACGCAUCAGCAGCAAACUCAUCACCUGGUAGCUUCUACCAGCAUUGUGCAACUGACACUACCUACGUCAGGAACAACACAGGUGCAAUCAGUCAUACAACCCAAUCAACAAUCCGUGAUACAGACCGCCACAAACAUACAACCCGUCGCAAUCUCCAAAGGAAACGUUAUUCUGGUUAGCAAGCCCAACUCCGUUAUACAAACUGCACAAGGCAGUCUACAGACGCUUCAAGUGGUGGAAACUGGUAGUGACGAUAGUUUCUCAGACGAAGAUUCACCUAAGAAGAGGAAUAUUCUAACUAGACGACCGUCUUACAGAAAGAUUCUCAACGAUUUAGGUGGAGGGGAAAUUACAGACGGUCGUUUGCCCCCCUUAGAAUCAUCCUCCGAGUGUGAUUCUAACGUGGACAGUGAAGUGUCUUCCCAUUCGCUCCAUUAUCAAACAGUAAUUCCUGCCGGUACUAUUCAAAUUGCGACCCAAGGGGAGGGAGUUCCGGGGCUUCACACGUUAACUAUGAGCAAUGCGGCGACAGCGGGUGGAGCUAUAGUGCAGUAUGCACAGGGCCAGGACACUCAAUUUUUUGUCCCAGCUUAUACAGGUCACGGAGUAGUAGUGGAGGAUGCGGCACGAAAGAGAGAGUUAAGGUUGCUUAAGAACAGAGAGGCGGCGCGUGAAUGUAGAAGAAAGAAGAAGGAAUAUAUAAAGUGCUUAGAAAAUCGUGUUGCGGUGCUGGAGAAUAGAAAUCAGACGCUAAUCGACGAACUGAAAUCGUUAAAAGAAUUAUAUCAACAGAAAACCGACUGAGAUUGGUGUUUAAAACCUGCGCGACAGUGUAUCAAAACUAUUAUUCAGUCGAUGAACCUGUACAUGUCUUGUUUGUGUACAUUAUCCUAAAUGUUGCUAGGGGUAAGCGAUGGUGAUGUACAUGCAUUCUUAUAGAUAUUUCUCUGUAACAUACUGUAUUUAAGUACGAAUAUGAAGGCUUGUGAAACUUGCUGUUACUAAAGCGGGAAGCCAAAGUUAUAUGAGACACGGAGGCAGCAAACACGUAGGCAAUAUUUCGUAUAUCGGUCUCUAUUUUGGAUAAACACAGCGCCUGAUUUACUUAGAAUCUGCGCACUCGAAAUUUCAACCUUAUAGGCUGGUUAGAUCGCAUUAAUAAUAUAACUGGCAAAUGAUGUUCGUGUUUGUUUAGCAUCACUGUCUACCGACCGUUUGUACUAGAUGAAGGCGUGUCUUGCUUCAUUAUGACACGCUACAGUUUAUUUCUUUAAUAUACAAGGUGAUUUUUUUAACCUGAAACUUUCAAAUAUCUCGAAAAAUAAGCACAUUAAGAAAAAAUGUUAAGAAUCAAAAUUUCAUCAUUCCGAGGAUGACAUAUACUGACUUUAAAAUCAGCCCCCCUGGGCGGAGAAGGGGGGCAAGUUUGAAAUCUUAAAUGGGAACCCCUAUUUUUUAUUGCAUAUUUGAAAUCUUUGACUAA